AUGACGGUGCAGAUAGAGGCGGCGGCACAGCCGCCCGUUGCCGCCGCCGCUCGCGAGGUGGAGCUCGCGCUCGACAUGCGGGGGGCUCCUGGGGAGCACCUCCACCAGCUCCUCCCCCUGCUCACCACCCUGGCCCUGCGUUCGCUGCUGCUGGCGCCAAGCCACGCGCACGGGGCCGAGGCGCUGCUGCGCUGCGACUCUGUGACGGAGGUGUCUGCCGCCACGCUGCGCGUGCUGGGCGCCAGCGUGGCGUGCACCGACACGCUGCAGCGGUACUCGCGCCUGGAGCAGCUGCACCUCGAUGCCGGCGUCCUGGAGCGGCUAUACCCGGCCGUGCUCCACGACAUGGCGGCGCUGGUUCACCUGGGCCUGCACGGCUACAAGGAAGUGGAGCUGUCGGCGCUGCCGCCCAGCGUGCUGGAGGUGACCCCGCGCCCCGAGGCCAUGCGGUGCCAGCUGGCGGUGCGGCUGCCGCCCGGCAUGCGCCUGCGCCGCCUCGCCGUGCACGGCUCCUUCCCCCGCCUGCUCAGCACCAAGGCGGCGCCCAAGGUCUGCAUUGACACACAGGCGCUCUGCAGGCAGUGCGAGCAUGCACGCAUCGAGGCGCGGGAGGCCGUCUGGCAGCUGCCGCCCCAGUUCAAGGGACACUUCUCCCAGAGGCGGGCGGGUGCGGAGGCCGCACUGGCGGCGGCACUGCUGGAUGCACAGGCGGCGUGGAGCCGGCUGGAACUUCACCUUCUGGAGCGUGCUUUCGUGGAGGAGGCGAUGCCGCCGGAAGAUUCCGGCCCGCCCACGCUGGUGGGCAGGUUGGACCUGGAGCGGCUGGUGGAGGCGGUGCUGCGGCUGGGGCGCAGCACUGUGGCUGCCAGCCUGCGCCGCGAGAGCGUGAGCAUCUUCAAUCCAUGGGUGCUGGUGCUGGAGAGGGGACGGGGACCUAUACCAGCACAAGAUGCAGCGCUGUAG